AUGUGUCGUCCAUCUUGUCGAUUCUCACGUGAUCCUGUCACCUCGUCUGGCUAUUCUUCGCCUCUGCGCAAGAAACUAAUCAGCAUCAUCAACUGUUACUCACCAACAUCAGCAGCUGAUGAAUCCGAAUUGGACUCAUUUUACGAGGAGCUGGAGGAAGUGAUCCGCAACGAGAAGUCCUACAAAUUCGUCGUCAGGGACUUCAACACAAAACUAGAAAGGUUACAGAAAAGGAGUACGGCAAUCGUCUCGCCGGGCUGUUGUCCGCCGCUCGCCUCUUUCAUGGGAAGUCUUUUUUUCAUGAAAAAAAAAUCAUCGUCGGUGGACAUGGGAAUCGCCCAAUGGCGCGACUCGUGCGAAGAUCGACCACAUACUCACCAACCGGACGUGGUGUCUACGUGA